UUCGCUUGCAUCAGCGUGCGUGGACUGCACUUACCGGCAAAAGUUGUCUGAUCUGCCACUCCUGUUUAUAAGUAGACAUCUCCGCAACCAGGUGUGGGAUAGUAGACAGCAACCAGCCAUGAUGAAGCUCUUUGUUAGCGAAGGCAACCCGCACUGCCUUAAAGUGUUAGCUGCCUUGGAAACAGCUGGAGUGCGGUGUGACGUCCAGGUUGUCAGCCAUGAAGAAAAGCCUGUGCCAUUCCUGAGUCGUCCAUCUUUGCCAGCGCUGCUCCUCUCUAAUGGACAGCAUCUUUUCAGCCCCAAUGCCAUAUGCCGAUACAUGUUUGAAGUGAGUGGACAAGAAUGCACUGAGCUUUGCAAUCAGUGGCUGGAAUGGGAGGCCACAGAUCUUCAGCCUGCUCUGCUACAGGCCCUUCAUAUGGCGGUGCUUCAGGGAAAAGCAUCAGAUGUCCCCAAAGUCCUCACUGUGCCUCUCAGCUACUUGGACCAAAACUUGAACAAGGCUGCCACACCUUACUUAACUGGGGAUGUUGUCUCAGUUGCUGAUGUUGUUUUGUGGGCUGCGCUGCAUCCGUUUUUAUCCGAAUCACCUCUAGCUUUGGGUGAACACAAGUCUGUGAGGGUUUGGUUUGACCAUGUGGCUACCUCACAGAGCUGCGUGUCAGCGGCUCAGAAAGUGCUGCAGGGAAAAGGCUUGCAGGCUAUGAAGAGCUUCAUGCAGAGACAGCCUGCCCCUCAGAGCAGCCAAUGCAAAGGCACGCAGUCAUGCAACAGCAGCCCCGCUGAGGAUGACGAAGGGGAGCGUGCGGUGUCACAGGAAGAGAUGGAGGCUGCUGCUCUGACCUGGAACAAAAGUUUAAAGGACUGUCCGUCGACCACAGACAGACUGCACCCAAUUCUGCCACAGGAAGGCAGACGGAACAUUCUGUUGACGAGUGCCUUGCCCUACGUCAACAAUGUGCCCCACUUGGGCAACAUCAUUGGCUGCGUUCUCAGUGCCGACGUUUUCUCCAGGUAUGGCCGUCUGCGAGGCUGGAACAUGCUGUUUGUGUGCGGCACAGACGAGUACGGCACCGCAACAGAAAACAAAGCCAGAGAGGAAGGCCUGACACCGCAGCAGAUCUGCGACAAAUACCACACCAUUCACGCCAGCAUCUACAAGUGGUUCCAGGUAGACUUUGACUUCUUCGGAAGGACCACCACGGAGAAGCAGACGGAGAUAGCCCAGGACAUUUUCUGGAGGCUCCACAAGAAUGGCUUCCUGGUGGAGGACACGGUGGAGCAGCUUCGUUGCGAGAGCUGUCAGCGUUUCCUGGCUGACCGUUUCGUUGAAGGCACUUGCCCCCACUGCAACUACCCAGACGCUCGCGGCGACCAGUGUGACAAGUGUGGGCGUCUCAUCAAUGCGGUGGAACUCAAGGCACCUCACUGCAAGGUUUGCAGUCAGACUCCAGUCAUCCGCUCCUCCAAACACCUUUUCCUGGACCUGCCAAAGUUAGAGGCUCAACUGGAGCAGUGGCUGGAGAAGUCCACCAGCACCGGAGACUGGACCUCCAAUGCCAAACAGAUCACUCGCUCCUGGCUGAGAGAUGGACUCAAACCGCGCUGCAUCACCAGAGACCUGCAGUGGGGAACGCCGGUACCUCACCCUGACUUUAAAGAAAAGGUGUUCUAUGUGUGGUUUGAUGCCCCCAUCGGUUAUGUCUCCAUCACUGCCAACUACACAGACAAAUGGGAAAAGUGGUGGAAGAAUCCAGAUCAGGUGGAGAUGUACAACUUCAUGGCCAAAGAUAAUGUGCCGUUCCACAGUGUGGUGUUUCCCUGCUCCCUUCUGGGAGCUCAGGAUAACUAUACACUGGUCAACCAUCUGAUUGCCACUGAAUAUCUCAAUUAUGAAGACACAAAGUUUUCCAAGAGCCGCGGUGUUGGCGUUUUUGGCGACAUGGCUAAGGACACGGGUAUCCCGUCCGACGUGUGGCGCUUCUACCUGCUCUAUGUGCGUCCAGAGGGGCAGGAUUCCGCCUUCUCAUGGGCCGACAUGGCUCUGAAGAACAACUCAGAGCUGCUCAACAACUUGGGCAACUUCAUUAACAGAGGCGGCAUGUUUGUUUCAAAGUUCUUUGAUGGCUGUGUGCCCGCGAUGGAGCUGCUGCAGGAAGAUAAGAAGCUCCUGGCUUUAGUGGGCUGGGAGCUCCAGCAGUACAUCCAGCUCAUGGACAAAGUCAAAAUCCGUGAUGCUCUGAAACACAUCCUCAACAUCUCUCGCCAUGGCAACCAGUACAUUCAAGUAAAUGAACCCUGGAAGAAGAUCAAAGGAGGAGAUGAAGAGCGGCAGCGUGCAGGCACCGUCACUGGCGUGUCCGUCAACAUGGCCUGCUUGCUGUCAGUCAUGCUGCUGCCAUACAUGCCAGCAGUCAGCCAAACCAUCAGGGAUCAACUCAAUGCCCCCCUUUACUGCGUCAACACUAUGCUGCAAGGCACCGGCGUCUUCGCAUGCGUGCUGGACGUGGGCCACCGCAUUGGAACCGUUAGUCCUUUGUUCCAGAAACUGGAGGUAGACCAGAUCGAGGCUUUGAAGAAGAGAUUUGGUGGACAGCAGCCUGAAGACGAGCCACCAAAAAAGAAGACGGCGUCUCAAAGCGCGACCAGCACACCCGCUCCCGGCGACACAGGUGUGGAGGUGACAGCUGCGAACACCAGAGCGGACCCGGAGAAAGCCAGCCAGCUGACGCAGGCCGUGGCUGAGCAGGGGGAGAAGGUGAGAGCCCUCAAAGCGCAGAAGGCAGACAAGGCGGUGGUCACGGCUGAAGUGGCCAAACUGUUGGACCUGAAGAAGCAGCUGGCCCUGGCGGAGGGGAAGAGCCCCGAAUCUGCACCCACCAAGGGCAAGAAGAAAUAAGACACAAAAGUCACAAACGGGUGGAGGUUAGUGGUAGGAGGGGGGGUGUAAGGUUUUGAGGUGCGAUAUCGGAGGGAAGGGAACAUGAUGUACACAGCGAGAUGAGGGUGUUAGCCACAGGCAAAGCCGUGACGGGAUCUAAGACAACGUGGUGUUGGCACUGAGGGCUAAUGAAAUGCUGGCGAGGCCGGCGGGGAAAUGAAAACACACAAAGGGAGUCAAAUGAAUUCUGCUACAGAAUGGAGGGAUUUAAAAAAUCCCUCCACCAAGAGAAACUGAUUUGAUACUCUCCCUGCGAUAUUAGUCUCUCGGAAGGUGCGUUGCGCAUUUAAAAAUGUUUUAUCCUUUCUGUAUAGAACCGUUUUAACUAUAAACACUUGGGUUAUCUUAAAUUGUCUUUCCUGCAAAUCAUGUCAACACUUUUCUAGCAAAUACAUCAACUCAUGCAUUAACAAGUCAAUAAACAGACAAUCUGAAAACAUUUCUUCAUUUAUUGCCACUGUUGUCAUUACAUUAACCGAUAAGAAGCCCGAAAAUAAAAUUCAUGAAUUAGCCAUGCAUAUGUGUAGUAAUAAAUUUGGUGACUUAAAAGUAGACAAAUUUAACAGUACAAAUGUGUAGAGUAGACUGAUUACAGUUCUAUAAAAAUAGUAAGUGGUGAAAAGCCACCCGUUCCCAGAUUAAAAAAGGUCACCUUUACAAAGCAAAGCUGCUGUAUAUCAAUACGGUCAACGGUUAUAGAAAAAGCCACAAAAAAAAAAAGUUUGCCAUAAAAAUAGUCAUACUUGUAGCGCAUAUUGAAAACUUCCUGAGCUCCUUCACUCUCCGCACUUUGGGGGCAAAUAAUCUCUGCUAGCCAGAUUGCAGCCCUUUUAAAAAAAAGAGGCAUUACAAUGAAUUGCAAAGAUGGUGUGAAGGAAAGACAAUGAACGUACAAAUCAAACACUUCCUACACGGCUUCUUUUAUCCCCAAACAUUCCCAGCUGCUUUGUGAUGCACACACACAAAGACCCUUCUGUUCUUUUUCACAUGCUGUGUCUUUCUUCUUUGCCGCUGUGAUUAUUUGGCAGCGUUUUGACUUCCAUCACACUCUCAACCUUAAAAUAUCUUUGGUUUUCAUACUUUCCAGUCUCAAGGAGCAUUUCGUACGCGCACACACUUUUCCAUCUGAUUCUUGAAGAUUUCCUGGCUUCACUUCCUGGUGUUGACAAGUCUCUCAAUGAGCGCCCGACGUGUCCGCUGUACUUCCUCUCCCAGCCUCUCGAUCUCAGCUUUCAAACGCUCAUUCUGCUCAGUCAGCUCUUGCACCUUCCUCUCGUUCUCCUGCUCCCUCUCUUUGCGACUCUUUUUGGCCGACAAGUAUGACGAGGACGUACGCUGAGUGGAGACGCCCGAGGACGGCAAGGCACCGUUGUUGUUGAGCCUCUCGCUGGCGGCGCUCCUCUUGCGCUUGCCUUGGCGCAAGGGCGAGUAGAUUGACGGGGACGAGACGGGCGACGAAGGGGACGAGCAGCGCUGGGAAGGCGACUCUGAGGCGGAGGAGGAGGAGCAGGACGGGGAGUCUGGGA